AUGUCCAGUAACGAACCUGAGCGGCCGUGGCCCUCCGUGAACGCUAGGGGUUAUCGAAUUCCUGAACAACUCUUCGGUGAUAUUAAACCUAUCAAAGUUAUCGCUAUUGGCGCUGGCAUAUCUGGCAUCUGUAUCGCUCAUGAUGUCCAAGAGCGCGGCAAGAAUAUUGACUUAACAAUCUAUGAGAUGGGUUCAGAUGUCGGUGGGACUUGGUUUUGGAAUCGUUACCCCGGAUGUCGUUGCGAUAUACCUUCAGUAAAUUACCAGAUGUCGUGGUGUCCAAAUCCCAAUUGGAAAGAAUUUUACGGCACAGCAGAAGACAUUCGAUUGUACUACAAAGGGCUUGUAGACAAGUACAUCUUAGGAAAGUACAUUAACCUAAACCACGAAGUCAUACGCGCUGAAUGGCUCGACGACACGAAGAAGUGGAAACUUCGUAUCCGGGGUCCAGACGCGAAAGAAUUCGAAAAUCAAUGUGAUGUUUUCAUUAAUGCUGGCGCAGGCGUUCUAAAUGCCUGGAAAUGGCCUAACAUUGAAGGUCUAUAUGACUUCAAGGGAGUUCUUUGUCACACCGCACGUUGGCCCAAGGACCUAGACUACAAAGGCAAGCGCAUUGCUGUCAUUGGAUCCGGAAGCUCUGGAAUACAGGUUUUGGCUACGAUGCAACCUGACGCUAAGCAAGUAUACCAUUGGAUUCGCUCACCAACGUGGAUCACUCCCGCUUUUGCCCAGCAAUACGCAGGCCCUGGUGGUAUGAACUUCAAAUACACCGAAGAGCAGAAGAAACGCUUCGCUGAGGACCCAAUUCAUUCAUUAAAAUAUAGGAAGAUGAUUGAAUCGGACCUCAAUCAACGAUUCAAAUUUAUUGUAAUCGGCACGCCCGAGCAGAAAGCCGUACUUACGUAUGCUGACGCUGACAUGCGUAGACGCCUUCAAGGUGAUGAACGUUUGAUCGAUGCCAUCGUUCCCAAAAACUUCAUUGUAGGAUGUCGGAGACCUACACCCGGAAAUGGUUACCUUGAAGCUCUCCUUCAACCCAAUGUUUGUGUAGACACGAAAAUGUUCCAGAAGAUAACCGAGAAUGGUUUUAUAGACUCUGGCGGGAACGAAGUUGAGGUCGACAUCAUCGUAUGCGCUACAGGAUUUGAUACGAGCUUCAUUCCCCGCUUCCCGCUGAUCGCCAGAGGUCGAAAUGUUCAAGAUCGCUGGGCUCAGUAUCCCGUCGACGUGUACAUGUCUCUUGCUAUCAAAGAUGUUCCGAACUACCUGAUGUACUACGGACCUCAUGGCCCUACCGGUCAUGGAUCUGGGGCUCCCAUGAUCGAAGCGCUGACCGGCUGCUUCAUGAAAAUUCUCAAGAAGAUGCAAAUGGAGAACAUCACGACCAUGACGAUAAACAGCAAGGCCGUCGAUGACUUUAACGAACAUCGUGAGCUAUAUCUGAAGCGCACGGCGUGGUCAGGCCAGUGCAGCUCUUGGUUUAAACCCGGACCGGCUUCCCCUAUUAUGUUCCCCGGGAAUCGUGUCCUGUUUAUUGAGCUGCUUACCAACCCUCGCUUCGAGGACUGGGACUAUGAGUAUGAUUCUGCCAACAACAGGUUCGGGUAUCUCGGAGGUGGGUUUACUAUCCGUGAACAUGACGGCAGAGACACCACGUUCUAUUACGGUUUGUUGGAUGGAAAGGAUGAGCAACCAGACUAUUCCGACCUUCGGGCAAUGUACGUGCGUUCGGAUAUGUAG